CUCGGCGCCUUGCUUCUUUUCGCUUUUAUUCGGCCGUAAUUGUAUGGAAUCAUACUUUCCGUUUUAUUUUGGUGGGGAAAUAGACUUUUAUAUUGAUUCUAUCAGGCACCAUGACAUAUGUAUGAGUGUUCGUCAUGGUUGCCAUUCAUUUCGGAAAUGAUGCAUUGAAUUUGGCGCAUUGAUUGACCGGUAUCCGAGUAGUACGCCUUCCCCCCGCAUUUCCUCGAGCAACAUUGGCCUCAAACUCGAAAUAAAACUUUCCGCGCGUACAAGACUCAGCAUUUUGUACCCAAACGAUCACGACAGAAAUAGCAAUUAUGUUCCAUCCUUCAAGCUUCUCACUCACUUGACCAAACAAUGACUAGCCUUGACACAAUCUCAGCAGAUGUCAUUUCGAGAUUCAUCCACGAUGCAUUGGAAUCAUCUUUCCAUGAAAAUGCAUCAUUGUCGAAUGAAUGCACUCUACAACAACUGAAUCUUACGGCCACAAGUAGCAGCACCUGGUCAAACAUCUUUGAGAAUGGGUUAGGGGAAGCACCGCAAACAUCCUCCUCAUGCAGUCCGCAAUCAAUCGGCCAAGGUGAGGAUAUCCGCUGGCAAGCUGUACUAGACAAGAAUCCUUUGGCUAGCGAUUCAUUUGUCUACUGUGUGAAAACGACAAAGAUCUAUUGUCGGACAACAUGUGCUUCACGUAGACCAAAGAGGAAUAAUGUCGUUUUUGCCAAUAAUGCCAAAGAAGCACAACAAUUGGGUUAUCGUGCUUGUAAACGCUGUAAUCCGGAUGAGAAAAGAGACCCUUUUGCGGUAAAGAGACAAAAGAUGGUCUUGGAAAUUCAACAUAAGUUGAUCACGCCAACAUCAAAGUCACCCUUACACAAACACCGCAAACGAAAAGGUGCAGAGACCAAUAUCAAGACGAUUGCUUCAGAGAUGGGUGUGAGCGUUUGGCAUUUACACAAAGUAUUCAAGCGAGAAACAGGUUUAUCACCAGAACAAUGGCUCUCCAAAGAGGCAAAAUAAAACAGCAAGAAUGUACUCUACUCUUUAUUUGUAUCAUAGUUCUUCGCAUCUCUAUAAUGAAAGAUCUCCAUCCCUAAAGCCACACGUCAGCUUAUCCUCCUC